AUGCGAACUUAUAUGUUGAAACUCCUACUACUUGUACUUGGGUGCCUGCCGCCUGGGCAGAUGAUUGAGGCGGCGUUCCUGCAGGAAUGCGAAGGCUACAUCAUCACUCUUAUUACCAAUCCGAAUUCAGAGUGUAGCGAGUUUAUCCAUUGCGAUGGCGAUAAUUCCUAUUACUGUAAUGGAGAAUGCGACGAGCCUGUGAGUUGCUACGUAACCACACCGGUGGACACAACCACACAACAACGCCUGACGACCGUCACCAGAGAGGCGAGCACCAAUAAUGUCUAUACAGAGCCCUACACAACUACUACGAAGAGUACAACAACUACUACGAAGAGAACAACAACCACUGUAACCACUACAACGAAGACCAGCAGCAAUAAUCCUUAUGUCAUCUGCAGAGAGUCUGGCCAAAAUAUGGUUUUCCCUUAUCCACCGAAUAAUAGCUAUUAUUAUCAGUGUAUUUCGAAAUAUCUUCUGCUGCAGCAAUGCCCGCAGAAUUUUUUCUUCAAUGAGUCAGAGGGUAAAUGCACGGGUCGGAGUCCUUAUCGAUUGUAAACUGUAUUUUUCGUGGUAAUAAAGCAACUCAUUCAAGAGCCGAGACAAUCAUCAGAAGCAG